UUUGCUAAGAAGCCAACAUGUUCUCCCCUGCGAGUACGAAAAUCCAGUACAGGAAUCCCAGGCUCCUCCGGCUAGCUUUUCUGCAGCUUCAUAACCAGCAACAGAGUGGUGUGUUCUGUGAUGUCCUUCUGCAGGCAGAAGGUGAGGCAGUGCCCGCCCACUGCUGCAUCCUGUCUGCCUGUAGCCCCUUCUUCACUGAGCGCCUGGAGCGAGAGAGGCCAGCUCAGGGCCGGAAGGUGGUGCUGGAGAUGGGGGGCCUGAAGAUCAGAACCCUCAGGAAGUUGGUGGACUUCCUGUAUACUUCAGAGAUGGAAGUGUCUCAAGAAGAAGUCCAGGACGUGCUUUCUGCCGCCCGUCAGCUCCGUGUAUCUGAGCUCGAGUCCCUUCAACUAGAAGGCGGGAAGCUGGUGAAGGCCCCACAGGGCCGAAGACUGAACAGGGAAUGCUUACAGCCUCCAAGCGCCGCACCAAUAUCUGCCAGGGUGGUGGCAUCCAGCCGCCACCCUCGAACUCCACUGCCUGUCACCCAGACUCCCUGUCCUGUUGGAACGGUAAGGCUGAAGUCCUCGGGAAAGGAGGACGAGCCCCAGGAGAAGAGCAACCGGCAAAACACACAGAGUUUGCCUGGGACUCUUCUGCUCAAGAGGAAGGUCAAAGCCUGCCCAGCUCCGCCAGAGAAAAGCUCUCCGCCAUCAAGCCACAGCCUGGGACCCAAAGAGAACAAGAGUGACGCUGCCCUUGGUCCCACGGCACUCUCCCCCCCCAGCUUGUACCCCGCAGUGGAUGAACGGCUUUUGCCCAGAAAGAUCAGGCUGAGUCGGUCUAAGCCAUCCCCUGAUGUGUGUACAGCUAAGCCUGCCAGCACUCUAAGUGGCCCCAGUUCAGUGCAUACAGCCCCCGGCCGGCGCCUCUGGCGGCAGAAGAGCGUAAGUAAAGCAGCACCGGAGGACAAGCAGAAACCAGGGAGAACUAGUCCUCUGGAGAACACUGCCAGCCCGGCAGGGCUUGGAAAGACAGGCGGAAACAAGAAGCGGAGCCCUGAGGUCAGGGCACCUAGCUCGGACUCUGCGGAGGAGGGGCAGGUGGGCAGAGUGAAACUCCGCAAGAUAGUCAACGGGACCUGCUGGGAGGUGGUGCAGGAGACGCCCCUUAAAAAGGCCCAAGAGAGCCCUCAAGUUCCAGAACCUGGAAAUCCCCAUGAGCCUCCAGGAACUCAGCUGUCCUCGGCCAGUGAGCAAGAAAUGGCAUCCACCGGACUCGACUUGUGUCAGGACUCGCCCGCCAUGGGCGCAGGGCUACAAGACAUUCUGCUCUCUGCCAGCCGCUCCUCCCCAGAGCACCCCGUGGUGGUGAAGUGCGAGUUUGGGUCCAGCCCGGAGCUGGGGGGGAGGGAAGGUGGGUUGGAUGUCGAGUGCAGAGAGCCUUUCACGUUUGACACCACCCUGCUGGGGCAGCCCUGUGAGGCCGAGGAGUAUCGCAUCACCAGCGCCGCUGCCACCAGCGAGCUGGAGGAGAUCCUGGACUUCAUGCUCUGCGGCUCAGACAUUGAGCCGCCUAUGGGGUCUCUGCAGAGGCCCGAGCCCGACCCCGAGGGCUGCAGGACCCCUAGUUAUCACCUGGAGGAAACAGGAAAGGACUGGAUGGAAGGGGAAGAAUGGUGUCUGCCCAACAUGGAACUCUGGCCCAGAGAGAUCACAAACCUGGACAAGGAAUCUCUCGACAAGGAGCCGGUGGAGCCCCUCAGCCCCCUCGUCAUGCCCUCCGUCAUGAGUGAUGAAGUGCUUUCAGUGGGCGGCUCGUGGACCCCAGACCUGGAAAUGGCCAGCUGCCAGUCACUGGACGCUCAAAGGGACAAACUCCACCCCAUGAACACCCUGGAUCCUCUCCCGAAGUCCUGUGAGGACCCCUCGCCUCCCUGUUCCAAGUGGGAGGACGCCGGGCUGGAAGUGUCCCUCACUAUGGAUGAGGUUUUCUACCCCAGCCCAGAGGCGGUCAAGGAGAUAUUUGUGACGUCGGAGUUGCUGAGCCCACUUCCUGCCAGCUCUGAAGAGGAAGAGAUUGAUGUGGUGAACUGGACUUCGGACGAGAGCACUGCACCUGCCAGUAUCCCCUCCGUGUGGCCUGACCCUUCCUCCGAGUCAGACACAGAGGUAGACAUACUCACGUAGUAGUGAGGGCUGCCACUGGGAACGCUGGCUGGCAACAGGUGUACUGGCCGACACAGACUCUGCUACAAGAGGUGUUUCCCUGACUGGCUCUGCUUUAGAAGCAAGCUUUACAAGUCAGGCAGAAGUCUAGAACUGGGUAGGAAAAAAUUAUGAACUUGAACCAGCUCAUUUCGUUGUAAAUCUGUUUUUGCCAGUUAGUGACAAGCAAAACUGUGGGUCAUUGGUAACAAGCCAAGACCAGGACUCCCAGGCCAGGAGUAUCUGGUCAGUACUACUAGUUCAGGGAAAGGUGAAGGGGACACCCUCUGUAGUGGGGGUUCUGUAGGACUGUCUGGUGUGUCACAGUGCCAGUGCUGGGGCACAACAGUGAGCGGGUAGGACUUUGUCCCGCCAGGAAAAUGGACCUCGACUCCCAUCACUUCCAAGAAGUGAGUUGAAAAAGAUCGUUUUUUUAAAAAAACCAAAUCCAUUUACCUUUUCUGCAGUUUUCGUUUUUUGUAAGUAUUCUACAUAUCUUUCCAGGGACCCCUAGGGUAUGAAAAAUAUGAGACCAGUCCCACAAGGCUGGCUUUGUCCAUU